AUGCCUGGCCGAGUCGCCGCCCGCUCGACCUCUGCGACGACGCGCAGGUCAUCGCAACAACCUUCCGCGGGGCGUGCCCCCUCAGUGACCCCAUCAUUUGCGAUUCCUGACGAACCUUCGCUCCCCGAAGCAUCACCUAACCUCCGCCGUGAUGUGUGCGCCAUAUUUGCCGACGCGCAGCGCUCAGCUACAGGCCACCGCAAGCUUGUAGUACGGUUACGAAAACUUCAAGAAAUUUGCAGUGGAAUUGCCCGAAAGAAGAACAAAGGAAAUGAGCAAGAAGAGGAGAUUGUGAUCCCGGAAGAGGAGACGCUUCCCGAGAAGGAAUUCAACGUUGAAGUCGGUCGUUGUAUGCUUCGAAUUCUACCUAUCAAGAAAUCUGAGCCCGUUGGUGACCGUAUCAUCCGCUUCAUGGACACUUUCCUCGCCCAUGCGUCUGAAAAGGAUAACCAGUUGUUUGCUUCGAACGAGGAGGAUGAGUUUGAGAUGCAAAAUGCCCCCGAAACUCCGACCUCUCGUCUGACUACGAGCUUGGUCGCCUUGAUGGUACCCCUCCUUGGUGCCAAGGAUAAGAUGAUCCGGUUCCGAGCCACUCAAAUUGUGGCACACAUAGUUAACGCCCUCGAAGCGAUCGACGAUGAACUUUACCACACUAUUCAACAAGGACUACUGAAGCGAAUCCGCGACAAAGAAUCAUCGGUCCGGGUGCAGGCUGUUCUAGGCCUUGCACGAUUGGCUGGUAAUGAUGAGGAUGAUGACGGCAAUUCUACCGCACUUCUGGAACGAUUGAUUGAGAUUAUGCAAAACGACACAAGUGCGGACGUUCGGAAGAAUCUUCUCGCAAACCUUCCACUGGCCCCAACCACUCUUCCCUAUCUUCUCGAACGUGCCCGCGAUCUCGACGCACCUACUAGACGCACCUUAUAUUCUCGCCUUUUGCCUACACUAGGCGAUUUCCGCCACCUGUCCCUAUCUAUGAGAGAGAAAUUGCUCCGCUGGGGCCUGCGAGACCGUGACGAAAGUGUUCGGAAAGCGACUGGCAAAUUGUUCUAUGAUCGAUGGGUGGAGGAUUGUGCUGGUACGAACGCCGGGGAAGAGGAGGGUGCAACUGCCCAGCGCUCGCCCCCCAACGUCAGCGCACUUCUCGAAUUACUCGAGAGAAUCGAUGUUUCCAACACCGGCAUGGAAAGCGGAAUCGCUCAUGAGGCGAUGCGCAGCUUUUGGGAAGGUCGGGCAGACUACCGCGAUGCAGUUACCUUUGAUGAAGCAUUCUGGGAGUCCCUCACAGCAGAGUCUGCUUUCCUGCUACGAUCGUUCAAUGACUUCUGUCGCGUUGAGAACGAAGGAAAGUACGAAAGCCUGGCGGAAGAGAAAAUGCCAGAGGUUACAGCACUCGGCUAUUUCCUCGCCAAAUACAUGAACGAGCUCUUGCAACGCAAGAAAUUGGCUAAAGAAUCUGGUGACGCCAACGAUGAAGAUGCAGUUGAGCAAGAAUUCAUUGUAGAGCAACUGCUGCACAUUGCCAUCACCCUCGACUACAGUGACGAAGUUGGUAGGCGCAAAAUGUUUGCGCUCCUUCGAGAGUCAUUAGCUGUUCCGGAGCUUCCAGAAGACUGCACCAAGCUUGCAGUGGAGGCACUACGAUGCGUUUGUGGUCCAGAUCGUGCCGGCGAGGGUGAGUUCUGCAGCGUCGUUCUCGAAGCUAUUGCUGAAGUACACGAUACAAUUAUUACGGAGGAUAGCUUCGUGUCUGCGAAGUCGGAAAUCAGUGAUGAUGCCAGCAGCCGCCAUCGUUCCGAGACUCCGGGUGAAGAGGAGCAAACUCCAUUCAAUAAGGAGGAAGCCAAGGCCAAGAUUGUUCGAGAAAUCGUUGUCAACAUGAAAUGUCUGCAUAUCGCCCAAUGUAUGCUCCAAAACGCUGAAGGCAAUUUGCAGCAAAGCAUGAAUCUUGUGACUAUGCUGAACAACCUCGUUGUGCCUGCUGUUCGAAGUCACGAGGCUCCCAUCAGAGAGCGUGGUAUUCUUUGCUUGGGUCUCUGUUGCUUGCUUGACAAGAAUCUUGCUGAAGAGAACAUGACACUCUUCAUUCAUUGCUACAGCAAGGGUCACGAAGGCCUUCAAGUGACUGCAUUGCAGAUCAUCUGUGAUAUGGUUACCACCCACCCUUCCCUUCUUGCCCCGGUAACUCAAGCCGACGGCGAGACCGUGACAACUCCCCCGAUUCAGAAGCCUUUGUUGAAGGUGUUUUCACGCUCCUUGAAAGCAAACUCGCCAGCCAGCGUCCAGUCCGCCGCUGCUACCGCACUCUCAAAACUCUUACUCACCAACACUUUCACACCAUCGGGGGCCAACAUCCCACCUGCAAUUCAAGAAUAUAACCAAAACUCUGUUGAGACAUUGCUGCAAUCGCUUGUGGUAGCCUUCUUCCACCCACGCACCAAAGUAAAUCCCGCCCUUCGACAGUCUUUGGCAUAUUUCUUCCCCGUAUACUGUCAUUCUCGGUUGGACAACAUCCAGCACAUGCGCCGUGUUGCAGUACCGGUGAUUCGUGCAGUGUUGAAUGCUGCUGAGGAACACUACUCUCUCGAGGCCGAAGAAGAUAGUGACGGGGAGGUGGAUGCGAGCGUUGGAGAGCGCGAAGUCAAAGCGCUCAUGACCGGUGUUGUAGGAAUGCUGGCCGAAUGGACGGAUGAGCGUCGCGUAGUGGGUCUGGGCGGCGAGCGUGUCAUGAUCGGUGGAAUGGCCAGCUCGAAUGCUUGUGGCUGGGUGCACCUUGCUCUAGUGAAAGACAUCUUGGAGCGCGUCCUGGGCAUCAGUGUCGGGACCAACCGCUGUUCUCGCGAGGAACGCAAGCUCAUCUUUUCUCUUCUGAGUAAACUCUAUGUUGCCGCACCUACGCUGCCUGCUCGCGCCGGAUCGCGUGCUCCAGAAGGCGGUCGUGCUGGAUCUCGUGCUCCGGAAGGCGAAGACCAAUUGCGUGCAAGCAUUCGCAGCACCACAGCCCUUGAGAUUGAACCUGACAACAUUCAACUAGCCCAAGAAGUCAAAGAACUGCUCGAUCAGACCAUCGAGGAGGGCCUUGCUACGGAUGCUUCCAGCCGUAACGCUUUGGUCAAAACCAAAAAUUCUGUUCUGAAGAUGCUCGCCGUUGCACAAGAUGCUCGAGCGGCCAGCGUACGCCCUCGCGCCGGUACUGAGGAUCUUGAGAGUGAUGCCGGUAGCGUCCGCUCCGCUAGCGGGCGACGCUCCGUUGAACCUUCUGGCAUCAACCGACGCCAUGUGUCUGUGGAACCUAGUAUUAUGGAAGAGGAUGAGAACGAGCAUGACAGUAGCCGGAUUAGAUCCGGCAGUGUACGCCCAUCUGUUGAAGGUGGUGGUGGCGGUCGGCCCAUGAUCUCCGUGGAGCCUAGUAUCAUGGAAGAAGAUGAAGACGAGGACCAUGACACUAGCAUGGGGACGGUGAUUAAGGAUGAAGCUCUUGACGCAUGA